ACUGGCGGUUCCCAUGGUAUUGAUUGAGGCGGUGUUGAGCGUAGAAGAAAGGUGGGUUUGCUCGAGAGACCAGCGAGAGGUGGCUGGAUCUCAGUAGGCCAAUAAGUGGAAGGCUAUCUUGUUGUUCUUAGAGGUGUCGCGACUGUUUUGACUAAUUGGUAUUUUGUUUGUUGUGAUUAUGAGUGUAAUUGUGGUUUAGUGAAUGGUGAUUUUUUCAUAUUUUCGGAAAUUACCAGUUAGCUAUGGAUAAAUACUCGAAGAAUAUUAUCUCCUGGAUUUUAUCCAUUCAAAUCGGGUUGAUAUCGACGCUUGUAUUGGCCGAAAGCGACUACAGACCAUGUAACGAGCUAUCCAAAGAAUUCAAAUUUCCCUGUAGAUGUGCGCUUGGCUCCGUAGAAACGGUAUUGGGAGGAAACCCCUCGAUCUAUGUCGAUUGCGAUGGGAUUGUGUUUUCCAGUGAUCUACCUAGUCUACCCUAUGGAGCCCCUAUCGUUUCUUUCAGCCAGAAGAACUCUGGGCACCAAGCAUUGCCAUCGCAGGUUUUCACCUCAACCAGUAUGCCCUUGAGAAAAAUAGACUUAUCCAACAACGCUUUGAGAAAGCUGACUGAGUCCUCUUUGACAGGAUUCAAGAAUACCUUAGUUGAACUUCGAAUGGCAGAUAAUCUAUUGGGUGACACUCUGAACCCUAUAUUCUCCAGCAAUGAAUUUCACGGAUUGUCACUGCUGAAGAUUCUCGAUUUGAGCGGUAACAGGAUAAGAGCCAUCGAAGAAGGUAUUUUCGAGGGCUGUGGAGACUUGAAUGAGGUUUAUCUCGAUCGAAAUAGCAUGACAUCAGUACCAAGCUCUUCGUUGAAUGGACCCAGAAAUUUGAGGAUUUUGUCCCUGAAGAGCAACAGAAUAGGUGACCUAAAAAACGGUCCACUGUUUCCAUCCCAGCAAAAUCUGGAAGAAUUGAUCCUGGAUGACAAUUUGAUCUCAACAAUCGAGAGUGGUUCUUUUGCUGGCCUGAAAAACCUGAAAAUUCUUCGAUUGGCCAGAAACAAAUUGAAGAAAUUCAACAGCGACGCCUUGGAGGGAAUCGACAAUGUAGAGGAAAUCGAUUUCUCCCAGAAUUUCAUCGAGGAAUUCCCCACUGAGGCUCUAUCCCCACUUCAGCAGCUCAGAUUCCUGAAUCUUUCAUCUAAUUUGAUACAGGAAAUACAUCAGAAUAAUCUUGCUCCCUUCGUCAACCUCAACAUUUUGGACCUGAGCAGAAACAGUAUAGCAAAUCUGGGUCCAGGCACCUUUCUUGGAUUGAAGAAACUGAAAAAAAUUGAUAUAAGCGUGAACUCUCUACGAACAGUCGAAGAUGACGCUUUCGAAGGAUUGGACGAGCUUCAAGAACUUAACCUCAAAGAUAACAACAUCCUGCUGAUUCCAGCGUCAGCGCUUGGUAGACUUCCAAAACUAACAUCGCUCCAAUUGGAUUACAACAGAAUAGCCGCUCUAUCUGGUGAUUUACUGCGUUCUAUAGCGGCUCAAGUUACCACUCUUGUCAUAUCUAAGAACAUCAUAAGGGAACUCCCACAAGCGUCAUUCCAAUAUUUCCAGCAAUUGGAAAGGCUGGAUCUGAGCAGAAACCUCAUAAGCAACCUGAAUUCGAACGCUUUCCUAGGGUUGGAAAGUUCCUUAACUCACUUGGAUUUAUCCAGAAAUAAAAUAUCGGCGUUUUCUGGAACUCCACUAUCGCUGACCAAACUGAAAGUUUUGGAUUUAAGCGAGAACAACUUGGCACAAGUAACCAAAGGCACCUUCAACCUUUUGUCGUCUCUUUCUCACUUGAACUUGAGUAGUAACCAGUUGAGGUCCAUUCCAGCAGACUUAUUCCAGAAAGCAACCACCUUAGAAUCCAUAGAUUUGAGUUACACAUCACUGAAAGUUCUACCGCCACAGCUUUUCAGCAAGUUGAACUUGUUGAAGCAUAUACAUUUGGCUCACAAUUCUAUAACAGAGGUUGCGACUGGUGUGUUCUCCAACUUACCUAACCUAACCACGAUUGAUUUAUCGAGCAACAACAUCAAUAACAUCAGACAGGGUGCUUUCGUAAACGUGAUGACUGUUAAGAAGCUCAUAUUGAGGAACAACCAUUUGAGCUCAUUUAAGGGUGAAAUAUUCAACACCGGCACCAGUUUGGAAACUUUGGAUAUCUCGAAUAAUCACCUCAGCUAUCUCUACCCCUCUUCCUUCAGGAUUCAUCCAAGACUUCGUGAAAUCCACGCUUCCAACAACAAGUUCGUUUUUUUCCCAGCCGAACUCAUCGCCACCUUACAGUUCUUGGAAUACGUAGACCUGUCUCAGAACUCUUUAAAAACGGUCGAUGAACUAGAUUUUGCCAGGUUACCCAGACUCAAAACCUUGAAUUUGGCCCACAAUCAAAUAGAAUCUAUCAGUGAGAUGGCUUUCCAUAACUCGACGCAGCUACAAGUGAUCGAUUUGAGUCACAACAAUCUUGAUAGACUAGGGGAGAGGACAUUCGAAGGUAUCAUCAGGCUACAAAUGCUGAAUCUCGACAACAAUCUCUUCUCAGACCUUCCGGAGACAGUGUUCGAUAGGAGUCGAGUUGAGAUGCUGGAAUGUAUAAGUUUGGCCCGUAAUAAAUUCAAGGAGGCUCCUCUAGAAUCACUGAAAAAACAGUAUUUCUUCAUAUCUUCAGUCGAUCUCUCGCACAAUAAGAUAGAGGAGAUAUCUGGUGAAGACAGCAUCAUGGUCAACAUAAAGAAAUUUGACCUGUCCUUCAAUCCUUUAUCAGAAAAGUCCAUCAGGAAUAUUUUGGGUGAACCAAAGACGGUGAGAGAGCUGAAUUUGGCAGGAACUGGAAUCACCAACGUGGUCAGAUUGGAGACACCGUUCUUAAACAGUUUGAAUCUAUCUUACAACAACAUCACUGAAUUACCGGCGCAAGUUUUCGACCGUACAACUUUACUAGAAACCUUGGAUUUAUCCAACAAUUUGAUCCCGAACAUAUCAGACCUACAGUUACAUUCCUUGAAAUCCCUGCAGACCCUGAAUUUAUCUCACAACCCCAUCUCGGUGGUGUCUCAAAGCGACUUUGAAGAUUUCCAUGGAACAAGCUUGAAGACCCUGAGCAUUCACGACCUCCCAGAAUGCACCAGGUUGGAAAAGGGAGCUUUUAAAUCCUUCUCGAACCUUAAUCAACUCGAAGCGUAUGGUUACCCAAAACUUGGCUAUUUGGACAUUCACGGAUUCCUUCAGAAAUUGGUGUCCAUCGAGAGGAUCAACAUAGAGACGAAGGAUGCAGCAGUUGGUGGUGACCAGUUCAGUCCUGUCCUACAUCCUAGACUGAAAGAAUUGGGAAUCAGUGGAUCGAGGUUGAGGAGUAUAUCUUCCGGGACUUUCUCAACGUUGAAGGCAGAAUUCGUUGAAAUAAGGUUGAGAAACACUUCAGUCACUACAUUACCACCAGCACUUUUCUUUGCAGUUCCAAGAUCUUCGAAGAUAGUUCUGGAUGUAAGUGGAAGUCAACUGACAACUUUGAGUCCACAAUUUUUGUCUUCCCUGGAGGAUAGAAGGGGGGAUUUGAAGAUUAUUGGUUUGGAAAGCAACCCCAUUGUUUGUGACUGUGGGGCUAGAGCUCUUAGAAGAUGGCUUCCUCACCACAUGACCAAUCUGAGGUGUAUGGGACCUGAUUAUUUGAAAGGAAAGUAUUUGGUGGAUAUAGGAGAUGAUGAGCUUACUUGUGAUCCAAGAGUAACUUCAACAACCGCAUCUACAACCUCCAGCACAGUUUCCACGCAAAGAACCACCAAGUUCCAAGCUAGAACUACGGAACCUGAGAUAAUAUGGUCUUUGGCUACAACUGUUAAGACGAAACCCAAACCUAAGCCGCCUUUGAUUGGGCAAUUCACCCUUAACAAUGAAGACACCUUGAUCAUCAGUAUAGUGGGAGGUGUUAUAGCCUUCAUCACCAUUUUAAUCAUUAUAAUCUGCAUCAUACGUCUGAGGAUGUCUAGUCAACAGUUUAAGCAUGGCCCUGACGGCACACCAAUGGGUCAGAUGAUGGCACCUGGAAGUUCUUGCGCUUGUAGCGUUAAGGGUGUACCUCCCAUGUACAGUCUACCGCCGUCUUAUGCCACGUUGCCGUAUAAAAUGCAAGGCGCUCCAUCUCUACGGCCUUCCAACUAUUCCACCUUAGGUCGUCUUCCAUACCAGCCUAGUCCACAACAAUACAUGAUUUCCGGUUUAGCUGGUGACGAAAAAAUUUAUCGGUAGCCACUCGGGCUAAAGACUUUUUUAUUUAUUGAACUGUGUAUUAUAUCCCGAGCUGAGAGACUUGUCUUCUGAGGUACAAAUUAUUUCGUAGUCUUCCUAUAGGUGGGAAAGUUUUAGAGGUUGUACGUACCAACCACCUGUAAAGAAAUACUUUUCAACUUAUAGGAAGGAAUACUGAUGAAUUCUAACAAUUUUAGGGAGGCUUUUAUUUAUUUCGACUGCCAUGCAGUGAGUCAGUUGAAUUGGUGCUAAUAAUGAGUGUGUUGUGGAAAUUCCAUACCUACUAUGCAGUAGGAAAUACCGAAUUUUUUCUGAGAUCAAUAAGACAAAAUCGAUUAACACAAUGAUAAUCAUGAACAAAUAACAAAUACGUAAUGUGUUGUAUAUUGUAAUAGUUUUAUAUCUUGUUUAAAACAUAAAUGACUCCAUAAGA